AGCGCCAGUGAAACACACGUCGGGGCACCGAGAGAGACGCAGCUCAGGAGACCAAACUGGUUCUUAAUCCACAUCCCAGUCCUUCUUUUAAACCACCGAGAUCUUUCCACGCUCAGACCCAAAAAUGAGGGAGUGGGACGCAACGUCUUGAACUUUUAACUUGGAUUUUAUUUUGUUGUGAACUUAGAAAACAUCCGAAUUUUGGACUGUAUUUUUGUUUGUUUUGUUCGUGUGGGUUAUCACAAUGAAGGGCAUGUUCAGGGUGUUCGUGUGGGCUGCGAUCCACCUCUCUGUUGCAGCUCUGCCAACGGCUGGCUGUGAAGGAGAAGACUGUAACAAGACUCAGCUUGCAGCUUCACCAUCAUCUCCUGCUUCAGCGCUGAAAUCCCAGCAAGCUUCAAAAGAGUUUUUGGACCAGUUUGCCCAAGUCAACUCUCCGAACAGCGGUGAUCGCAAACACAGAGAUGCCAGUGCUGUCUUGCCUUUCAUCGGCCUCACAGCCAGUGCGGAGCAGAGUCGCACUUGCUGCAAGAACGGAGGAACGUGUAUCCUGGGCAGCUUUUGUGCGUGUCCGCCGCACUUCACUGGCAGAAGCUGCGAGUACGACCAGCGUGUCAGGAGCUGUGGACUGAUUCCUCACGGCGAGUGGGUCCGGAAGGGAUGCUCUUACUGUCGCUGUGGUUAUGGCGCCCUCCACUGCUUCCCCCAUGUUUUCCAUAAAGACUGCGAUGAGAACGGAGAGGUGCAGUGGUAUCGGUCCUCUGCGGUCGGAACUCUUCACAGCACCGUGCUCCGACGCCCGUCCCUCCUCACGCUUGUGCUGCUGCUUCUUUUCUGCUGGUGAUUUUGCGACUUCAAGUUGGACACAACAAAAUCACAGCUGAAUCGAUGGUGAUGGAGGACAUGUUGAAAGGAUGCCAGAGACUCACUGGAGUCUUCACCUACAAAUGACGUUUAUAUAUAUAUUCUUCCAGUGGAAGUGUACGUUGUAUAUUGUAAGAUCUAAAAGUUGUACAUAAGAUUUCUAUGGAUGUUUUUCUUGUACAUUUUUGAGACAUGAAUUUUAGCGACCAUUUUUUUGUGGAGAAAGUUGCCUUUUUUUCUCUCCCUCUCUUUGCUGUGUCCUCUUUCUGCACAGAAAGUCAGCUUCUUGCUCGUGUGUGUUUCAAACACAGUAUAAAAAAUGUGUUGUGAGUCUAAAAUGGUUCUUUCAUUUCAGUCUUUCAGUGAGAGUUUUUCUUUCCCCCUCUUAACUCCAGGUACGUUGAGGAGCUGUAAAUAGAUUAUCUUAUCUUGAACAAACACGCCGGUCUGCUGAGCGCUAGCAGCAUUUAAUUGGAUGUU